UGCGUGCCACACAACCAUCAGCCACAGCUAUCUGAAACCCAGAAAUAGGCUUAACUAGUUGACUGCCAAUUGGUAAUUGGUUUUGGGCUUUUAGAAUUUCCAUUUCUGUGUUCGUAGAAUCGUUGAUUUCCUGUCGAGAAGAAUCUGUUUGAACCCUAGAAGUUUGAUUUCAUUUUUUUCUUCUCGUCUUUUGAUCGAAAUUUGUGAACUCUUGGAAUUGUUAUGCAACCAUGGAGUCUGUAGAUCAAAUUAGAUCCGAAGAGAUGAGGAACUGGCUUGAUUUGCCUCAGGAUGUUAUGCUUCUGAUAUUUAUGAAGUUGGGUCCCGUUGAAGUCCUCGUCAGAGCUCAAAGCGUGUGUUCUUCGUGGAGAAAGCUCUCCAAAGAGCCUCAACUCUGGCGAUUAAUAGAUUUUAGAGAUCAUUGGGAUUUAGCGCCAUAUGAAGUUGAUUUUGAGGAAGUGGUGAGGCAUGCCGUGGACAGGAGUUGUGGGCAGUUGAUUGAGUUCUCUAUCGAACAUGUUUGCACUGAUGAGUUUUUGAAGUAUAUCACUGAUAGAUGCUGCUCCCUAAGAUGCCUUCGACUUGCACAUUGCAAUAAUGUUACAGACAAAGGAAUGAUAGAAGCAGUGAAAAAGCUUCCCUUACUAGAGGAGCUUGAUCUAUCCUAUUGUCAAUUCCCCAAAAAUGUGCUUCAAGCCCUUGGCCAGUUCUGCCCUCAAUUGAAGUCAUUCAUACUCAACAGCUAUGGUAGGUUUGCUUGUGUAUACAAAGACUAUGAUGAGGUGGCACUUGCUAUUGCAGAGAACAUGCCUGAGUUACGUUACCUUCAGAUUUUUCGUAACAAAUUGACAGAUGAUGGCCUUCGGGCCAUUCUCGAUGGCUGUCCUCAUCUUGAAUACCUUGACCUACGGCAGUGCAUCAAUGUCAAUUUAGAAGGGGAUCUGCAAAGUAGAUGUGCAGACAGGAUCAAAUCUCUAAAACUUCCUGACGACCCCAGUGAGGAAAAUGAGUUUGAUGCUGGUACUGAUUUUGAUGAAUGGUAUGAUGAUGACCUGUCUGGAUUUUCUGAAGUUGAUCUUAUGUCGAAUGAUGACUAUGAUGACUAUGAUGAAUAUGAUGGAUAUUAUGAAUUUUCUGAUGGCAGCGACUUGUCUGAUUAUGGAGGUUAUUUAUCUGAUUUUGCCUUCUGAGGAUGGUUUAAUGGGUUUAAAUCUUCAUUUUGGUUGAUGAGGAAAACCUGUGUAGUUGGGAAUCUGGUGGUUAUCAAUUUGCUGAAUAUUCAAAGAAACCUUUUUUCUUCUUAUAUUUAUCCCCCCGUUUUUCUAUUUGGAAUUCUAGUGUGACUUGCACUUCAAUGCAGAUAGGGACAAUGGUAGGAAGAGAGGUUCUACUUAAAGCAUCAGCCUAUUAUGGUGUGGGUCAUGACAUGCACUUUGUGACUCUAUUUCUUGAAUCAAUGCUUAAUGUUACUGAUCUUCUAUUA